GUGGCCGUCGUAAGGCAUCUGCGCGCGCGUUCAGGGUCACGGCCGUAGUGAAGUGACCAUGGCUGCUACCUCCGAUGCCGCCGCUGAUCAGCCGUUGCUGACCGAGCGCAUGGUCGAAGAGGAACAGAAGCUCCUCGAACAGGGCACAAAGGAAGAAGAACAGCGCACCCUGAGCCGGCGGGAACAGCAGGCGGCAGAUCGUGAGGCGUGCCUCGAGCGGCUCAAGAAGCUGCUUCGUGCCACCAACAUUUACUCACAGUUCCUCAUCAAUCGCAUCGAGAAGCAGAAUGCGGAGAGGGCUGCCCAGCAGCAGCAGCGGCGGCCUGGAAAGAAGACACUGGAGGGAUCCAAGGAGGAGAAGACAGAGCGCAAAGCGAUGGCGGCGCACGUCGCGUGCUCGAAGCCCUGGCAACUGCGAGGCAAGAGCAAGCGCUGGUCCUCCUUUGAGGCACGAGAGGCAGUUGCGAAACUCGCUUACGAGCGACGACUGAGCCAACUCCCAGACGGGCGUUGGGCACGUGAGGUGUACAAGUACAUCCAUCUAAAGUGCAUUAACACCAGGUGGGUGCUACGCACAAAACGCCUGGCCGAGCGGUACGGGGUCGCACCAUGCCGACUCACGGAGAAACCUCAGCGGGACAGGAGAGUGAAGGUCCGGGAAGCUGUCCAGGAGGCCGAAAGUGUCUGCUGGCGGAAGACAGCAACAGAGAAGCCCGCUUUGAGUCUCUACAGUAAGGCAAAACAAGCGAUUGAGAAGGAACCGAUGCAUGAGAACUCAAAGGGAAGCGGUCUUCUGUGCGAGGCCAGAUGCGGCAUGCUGCGAACCCGACUGCUGCGGGCGAGGUACACGCCCAACCUUGACACUACAUGCCCGCUUUGCACCCUGGAAGACGAAAGCAUUGAGGACAUUGUGCUCCACUGCCCAGCGUUGCAACCACAGCGACCACGAGACUUCACCAACUUCACUGCCUUCGCCGUCCCCCCGCCUGACGAGGAGGAACGACAGCAGCAAUUGCUGCCAAGCCGAGCCUCCUCCAGCAGGUCCUCCAAGAAAGCAGCGCCGCAGAGCAGUGCCGAGCCCUCCAAGGCGCCAAGCCGCAAGAGGAAGGCCUCGCCGAACUCUCGGGGAACCAAGGCCAAGUCGGCUCUGCUGGACCCUGCGGCUGCUUCUCCACCGUCUUCUCAGGAAGGGUCUCCCGCCCACCCAUCAAGUGGCCCCCACAACCCAGACUGCCCUGAGGGCCAGCCAGCCCUGUUCACAGGAGGAGUCAUGAGGUCGUACCAGGUCGAAGGGUACCAGUGGCUCAAGGUCUUGUACGAGAAUGGUGUCAACGGCAUCCUGGCGGACGAGAUGGGUCUGGGCAAGACGGUCCAGGUGAUUGCCCUGAUUGCCUCGCUCGUUGAGAGCGGUCUGCCGGGCCCUUACCUCGUGGUGGCGCCACUGUCCACCCUGCCCAACUGGCUCAACGAGCUUCAGCGCUUCACUCCGUCACUCUCGGUGGUGCUCUACCACGGACCACAAGAGGAGAGGCAUGCACUCACGCCGCAAAAGCUUCGCCGGACAGCGGUGGUGGUGACCUCAUACGAGGUGGCCAUGCGCGACCGCGCUCGACUGGCCCCCGUCGACUGGCUCUUGCUGGUGGUGGACGAGGCGCACCGACUCAAGAACUUCCGGUGCCGGCUGGUGCGCGAGCUGAGCCAGUACCAUGCCUCCAACCGACUCCUGCUGACGGGCACCCCCCUGCAGAACAGCCUUACCGAGCUGUGGGCCCUUCUGCACUUCCUCAUCCCCGAGAUCUUCCACGACCUGCAGGCGUUUGAAUCCUGGUUUGACCUCGGGGCCUUGUCGGGUGCCAAUGACGAGGCGGCGCGGUUUGUCGAGCGUGAGGAGUCCGACCACAUUGUGUCGACCAUGCAAGAAAUCCUGAGGCCCUUCCUGCUACGGCGCACCAAGGACGACGUUAUUCUCGAGCUACCACGCAAGACCGAGCUACUGGUGUACGCGCAGCUGAGCCCACUUCAGGAGAAGCUCUACAAGAUCUGCAUGGACCGUGCAUUUGAGGCCGCUGCUGAAAACAAGGACGAUUCCGGUAUAGAGGUGGAGAACCUGGGCAGGGGCCAACGCAGCUCGCGGAAGAAACCCGUAAAGUACACCAUUCCUGGCGAGGACGACAUCUUCGCCCACAACAGUGACGACGACGAGAACUCUCGCGACAGCGGCAUCAGUUCAGCGUCGUCGAAAGACGAGGUCCGUGACCCAUACGAGCAGCUCCGGCGGAGCAAGAACCCGCUGAUGGACCUGCGGAAGGUGUGCAACCACCCGUACCUCUUCCACGGGUUGUGCAACGAGGACGACGGCACCAACGGCGAGCACCUGGUUCAGGCCUGCGGCAAGCUACGGCUUCUCGACUGCAUGCUCAAAGAGCUCAAGCGCCGAGGCCACAAGGUGCUGAUAUUUUCUCAGAUGUGCCGGGUGCUGGACAUCCUGGAGGACUACUGCUUCAUGCGGAAAUUCAAGUACUGCCGCCUCGACGGUUCGACAACCGUGGAGGACAGGCAGCAACAGAUGAACCUCUUCAACCAUGACCCCGACUACUUCGCAUUCCUGCUAUCCACGCGGGCGGGUGGCCUGGGCAUCAACCUGACCGGUGCCGACACAGUGGUGCUGUAUGACUCGGACUGGAAUCCUCAGUGCGACUUGCAGGCCAUGGACCGUUGCCAUCGGAUCGGGCAGACCCGGCCGGUCAUCGUCUACCGUCUAGUCACGCGCGGCACAGUCGAGCAGCGCAUAGUGGAGAUGGCCGGGGCCAAGCGGCGCCUCGAGAAGCUCAUCAUGCAGAAAGGCAAGUUUUCAAAGGUGGGCAAGGAUGCCUCGAAGUGUGGCACCCUCUCUCCUCAGGAGCUUCUGGACCUUCUGCACUCCACGGACCACUCGGCAGUCAUCGACGCUGGCUCCAGCGUACUAUCGAAGGCAGAGCUGGACGCUUUGCUCGACCGAAGGCGCCUCGCUGCAAACCAAGGCAGCGAGCCAAACAGGUUGUUCGAGGUGGUUGUGAAAGACAGCGAUGCCAUCGACAACCUCAGCUAAGCCUCCAACGAAGAGACCAAAUUCAUCAAACCAUCACUUCAUUAAUGAUAAAGCACUCAUUCAGCAGUAUUAUUUAUAUUUAUGUAAAUACUUGUAUUAGGUCACAACGUUUACUUUUUAGUACCAAAUUUAGCCUGUUGACAUAGUUUUUAUCUUGGGCAAGCAUGCUCAUCUUGUGAUAAAAGAAUAAAGCUUAUUCUUCUUACAA